AUGGUGCCACCAGUCUACAGCACCUAUGGCCUUGUCUUUCAGUUGAACCAAACAUACGAUCAAAAUCACAUUAUACAAUCGUUCAAGAAUGGUUUGAGGAUGACACUAGGCCAGUGCCGGCAUCUUAUUGGCACCAUUGAAAAGAAUGAAUUUGGAGACUUUUCGGGGGUUAGAAAGAAAAGCACUGCUGUUAAGCUCGAGGUUCAAUGGCUUGAUGAAGAAGAUUCUGUGUCUUAUUCUGAGUUGGCAGAUCAUCAUUUUAGUUCUUUUGCAUUUGGCGAUAUAGCAGCUUUGUGUGUUGAAGGGAUGUUAUAUGGGAUUCUCCAUCCCUUAAACACGAGUCCCGUUGUUUCUGCUUUCAAGUUCAACUUCAUCCAUGGCGGCCUUAUUCUCACCAUGCAUCUUCAUCACUGCGUUAUAGACAAUGCAGGUUUUGGUGGAUUUGUCUACCAGCUGGCUGAAAAUUGCUACUCUAUAAUACACAAAACUCAACCACCAAUUUGGGAUAUCAAAUGUUUGGAUAGAUCCCAAUUCAGAUGCAAGGGGAUGUUAAGCUUGAAGCAAAUGAACAUAGCACCACAGUUGGUACAACAUACCUUACAACUUGUCCAUCGGCCUAAUACCGCUGUACUUCUCCAUUUACCGAAGUCAAAAGUGGAAACACUGAAAUAUUUAGCGACACCACCAGGAGGCGACAUCCGGAUCUCUACAUAUGACGCAUUCUCCGCAUUAUUAUGGAGGACUGUCCUGAGACAUAGGGCAAGAAUCUAUUCGGUAGAUCCACAAGCUCCAGCUUUUUUCUAUGAGAUAGUCAACGUGCGAUCCCGACUUGGUCUUCCAGCUCGAUUUCAAGGCAGUGCCCUUCUCGCUCCCACCACUGCUGAUCUUCACCAUAUACCCAGUAUUGCAGAUGUGAUAUCGGAUGCAUUGCUCUGGAGACUGGCCGUUUUCGUCCGGCAAGUAACAGCAACAGCAACUCCAGAGACCCUCCAAGCGCUCUUAGAUAAAGCUUCUCCAGUGGCAGACAAAACCAAUCUACGUCUCUUCGAGACUCCAUUAACGACAAUGUCCCUUGGUAUUACUGAUGUGAGAGAACCACCAAUUUACGAUGCAGAUUUUGGAUUUGGCCAACCCAAAGCUUUUCGACAUUUCUUUUAUCCUUUCUGUCCAGAGACUCUCAUUUGCGUCUAUCCACCCCGAGUGCUUUAUGAGGGCGAUCAUGAUGCUGGAUGCGAAUUUCAUGUACCAAUGGAGAAGGAGCUAGUUGAUGCUUUUCUGGAUGAUCCGGAUGUGCAAUAUUACUUUGAUUUCGUGGGUUUGAAGCUGAGCCCUCGGAUGGUUUAUACAGAAGUGUCACCAGGAAGUGGCACUUGUAGUUCCACAUGUGAGCAAUAG